AAAAAAGGGUCAUCUGAUCAGACCAUUAGACUCAUACCAUAACCAUGGCUUUUAUUUCUCAAUUUAUUACAGUUUUCUACUAAUUUGGAAAAGGAUUUGGUGAGAGUGAGAGAGAGAAAGAGAGUAAUUGCAUAUAGCAAAGAGCAGAGGCUUGUGCCUUUUUAUACUCUCUUUUGGGGUUCUUCAUUCUCUCAUUUGGGGUUCCACAAAUACUAAGAUUAUUCAUUAAGAGUGAAAAAGAUGAGUAAAACUGGUGAGGAUUCAGAAAAUGAAAGCGUGUCUCUUGAUCUUCUGAAGCAAAAAAUGGCUGAUUUUGCUAAAGAAAGAAACUGGGAACAGUACCACAGCCCCAGGAACCUCCUUUUGGCUAUGGUGGGUGAAGUAGGAGAACUCUCAGAGAUAUUCCAAUGGAAAGGAGAGGUUCCAAAGGGAUUGCCUGGUUGGAAAGAAGAGGAGAAAGUACACCUUGGAGAAGAGCUUUCUGAUGUGUUGCUUUACCUAAUUAGGCUUUCUGAUAUGUGUGGUGUUGAUCUUGGUAAAGCUGCCCUUCGUAAGAUUGGUCUUAAUGCCAUUAAGUACCCUGCUCCCAAUAACAAUAAUAACAAUAAUAAUGGCUCAUCUUCUUAGGUUAAUUAAAAUUAUCAUUUUGAACUUUUAUGGUGGUGGUGAUGGUGAUUGUUAUUGUGACUCUAAGCAUCAUCAUGAGCUUAAUCCAUUGGAGAUUUUAGUUUUUACAUUUUGGGGUUUGAGAUUGGUGUUUCAUUUUUUGUGCUGUGUGAUUUCUUAAAAGAGAUCAGGCAAUUGAAGCUCUUUAUUCUCUACUCUUUUUAUUAGUAUAUGCUAUUUUUAAUUUAAUUAUGGUACCCAAUACUUUAGACAUGUUACAUAUGGUCAUGGUCGGAAGUUGGUAUUUAUUUACACCAACCAAUAUAAUGUUCAUCAUCUUAUUGAGAUU